AUGCCCAAAAACCGGGUUCAUCCAUCUUAUGGGGUCCAGAAAACAGCUGAAAAUGGGGGAAAUCACCAAAAACGAAUGUUUCUGAAACUUCUCAAACAUCCCUGGAAACCAGCCCCGUCGAAUGCCCAAAAGUGGAUGGCUUCUGAAAAGCCAUUUGAGCUAGGCUAUCAAGGAAUUCCAGAAUCCGGCAGACUGUACCGCCCGGCAACUCAUCCAGAUUUGAAUUUCAAAAAUUCGUCGCUUUUAGAAAAAUUGGGAUAUGAAGGAAUUCCAGAGUCCGGGCAAACGUAUCAUCCGGCAGUGCACUCUAAUUUAAAUAGCAUUCAAGUGGUUUCGGACUUCAAAAAUGCUGGAAACCAAAAAAUGGACCUAAAUUUGCUAAACCCAAACGAGCCACCAACUUGGAGAACAUUCCCAACACCACCGAUCGAAUACAUCCCUCGCCCAAUUGAACCUCGACAUCUUCGGCAAUACCAAAGAGAUGCCAAAAAACUAGAUGAAAAAAAAAAUGCCAACGGAAGACUUCAGAAGUCGUCGAUUUUAAGAAGGCCAGAACCAACUUCCACAGAAAUCAUUCCAGAAAAGCCACCAGCUCCUUCCCGGAUAUCAAUUAUCUGCGAGAAAGCUUCAAAUUUUUUGUUAUCCAAAAAUUUCCUAAUCAUCUUUGGACUUUUAGUGAUCUUCCUGACUAUCUAUGCUUUAAUUGCUAUAUGGCGUAUUAGAAAACACUAG